ACAAUUACAAACUGGAAAACUGGGCUAUCGUUUGAAUAUUUCUCCACUCUCACUUUGAAUCCACCCCAAAAUCAAGCAGAAUCUUCGCAUUCGAUUCACGCAAUCCAAAUCUCUUCUUCCCUUGAGGACUGACUGAGGAGGAGGAGGGGGUGGUUUUGAAAUGAAAUUUCUGCUACGAUGAAUGCGAUAGCGGCGCUGAUGGCUAACGGCGGCGACAUCCAGAGGGCGCACAUGGCCAUGGCCAUGGUCCAGGUCUUCAACGGCGGCUACCACGUCAUCACCAAGGUCGCUCUCAACGUCGGCGUCAAUGAGCUCGUUUUCUGUGUCUACCGUGACCUCCUCGCGCUCUCCAUUCUCGCCCCCAUCGCUUACGCCCGCGAGAAAAGGUUAAGCUUGCCUCUAAAUAGACGCCUUAUAGCGACCUUCUUCUUUCUUGGCUUGACUGGUAUUUUCGGGAACCAACUUCUGUUUCUAAUUGGUCUUGGCUACACGAAUCCAACUUUUGCUGCAGCCAUACAGCCUGCUAUUCCAGUCUUUACAUUCAUAUUGGCUCUAAUGCUGGGUACAGAAACUCUGAAUUUACAGAAGACUGAAGGUCAAGCAAAGUUGGGAGGUACUCUUGUUUGUGUUUUCGGUGCAGUUUUUAUGGCUAUGUUCCGUGGUCCAGGUGUGUUUGGAUAUAAGGAUUUAGAUUUUGCUACACAUGGUGAAAUAAGUGCCAAGGGCCAGCCAGAACCAGGUAGCUGGAUAAUGUCUGUUUUGAUUAAUAUGGGAUUGGAUCAUUGGCACCUUGGAGUUUUAUGCUUGAUUGGGAACUGCAUGUGCAUGGCUACUUAUCUGGGGAUUCAGGCUCCCCUUUUAGCUAAAUAUCCUGCAAGUAUAUCAGUGACAGCAUAUUCCUACUUUUUUGGUGUUCUGUUUAUGGUCACGACUACCUUUUUUGUGACAACUGAAUCAACAGACUGGAGACUCACACGGUCCGAGGCUUUUGCUGUAUUGUAUGCUGGAAUCGUAGCAUCUGCAUUGAACUAUGGACUUUUGACUUGGUCGAAUAAAACCCUUGGCCCUGCCACGGUUGCUCUGUACAUUCCACUUCAACCUGCUGCUUCUGCUUUUCUGUCAAGAAUGUUCCUUGGAAGCACGAUUUACUUAGGAAGCAUUUUGGGAGGAUUUCUGAUAAUAGCGGGGCUUUAUUUGGUAACGUGGGCAUCCUACAGAGAAACACCGGUAUCCAUGGUAGGUUCUCCUCAUGCACCUCUCGGUGACGGGGAUCCACCCAUCAAUAUGAUCUCCUACCAGCUAGGUAACAUUUUAUCAUCACCAACUUCGAUACCCAAGAUUGUGGAUUAGCUUAAACUUAUGAUACCACCAUAGGUUUUUCUAUUGAUGGAUGUCACUUACAUGGAAACCACAAUUUUCAUAUGCUACUAUGAUUUAAGAAUAUGGUUUCUAAUAACGUGGCCAACUUUUCACAAUAGAAAGAGUGAAUUUAUUUUUGUAAGGAUCACUAGCAAAAGUUAAUUUGUUAAUUUCUAUUCCCCUCCCAUUCAAGACGUUGA